AUGCGUAUUGCUAUUGUUAUGUCAUCAUCUUCUUCUUCACGAUCACUUGAUCCCUCUGCUAGUGCUAAGGCGGCAGCCAGAAAGGCAACCGGCGGCGCAGUGGAACGGGUCUCGCCGGCAACCUUCCCGAACACAGUUUGGGGCCGUGGCUUCCUCGACAAACUUGAUCUCUCCCUCCAAGCAAAACAAGGACACCCGAAAUAUGAAAUUCUUAAGGAAGAGGUGAGGAAGAUGGUGAAAUAUGAAGCAAAAAGUGGAAAUGACAAGACAAUGAUCGCUGACAAACUGCGUUUGAUUGAUACAAUCCAACGAUUGGGCAUUGGAUAUCAUUUUGAAACAGAAAUUGAAGAAGCACUAAAAAGAGUGCAUGAUUUGGGAGAGGACUCAUCAUUCAAUAAUAUUGAUGAGGAAGGUAAUGAUCUCUAUCAUAAGGCUUUGCAAUUUCGACUUCUCAGACAACAAGGAUUUCGUGUUUCCACCGAUGGGUUUAGAAAGUUUAUGAAUAAUGAAGGGAAGUUCGAGCAGUGGUUGGCGACAGAUGAGAGGGGACUAUUGAGCUUGUACGAGGCAGCACACAUUGCAUUCAAUGGAGAGGACACAUUGGAUGAAGCCCUAAGUUUUGCGACAAAGAGCCUUAAAUCAUUGAUGCAACACAAGAAGAUCAACCCUUCAUUCCAAAAGCAAAUUGACUUUGCAUUUCGCGUUCCCGCUUGGAAGUGUGUCCCAAGGUCACUUUCUAGGCACUCCAUUGAUUUCUACUCUGGACAUCAGGACACUUCUCUUCAUAAUCAAAAGCUUCUCAUGUUUGCGAAGUUGGACUUCAACAUGGUCCAAAAGUUCCAUCAACAGGAGCUCCAGGAACUCGCUGAUUGGUGGUGGGGAAGCAUUUAUGAGGCGACCGACUUUCCAUAUGUAAGAGACAGACUUGUGGAGAGUUACUACGGCAUUAAUUCUAUUUUCUUUGAGCCCAAAUAUCGGUUGGGAAGAAUUAUAGCCACCAAGUUCUGGUUAGUGUUGGCAAUUUUGGACGACGCUUAUGAUAAUUAUGCUACUUAUGAAGAGGUUCGGUCCCUCACGGAAGCCGUUGAUGAAAGGUUGGAUGCUAGGGCUCUUCAAGAACUGCCUGACAGUAUGAAGAAAGUACAUCGUAUCAUCCUUAAUAUGUAUGAUGAUUUUGAGAGGGAAGUUGGAGAAAUAGGACCCACUUUUGGCGUCGAGUACUUCAAGGAAGAGCUCAAAAGAAUAAUCCAUUCAUACUUGGGUGAGGUUGAGUGUCGAAAUGAAGGUCGGGUUCCGACACUAGAAGAGUACAUGAUCCACGGAUAUGGCAGCAGUGGUAUCCCCGUACUUUGCGCAUCUGCUAUGCUUGGUAUGGGAGCAGAAGUAGCUACAAGGGAGGCUUUUGAGUGGGUAGCUAAUGAGUCUAAAAUGAUGAAAGCCACUGCAGUUAUCGGUAGAUUUCGAGAUGAUAUUUUCACUCACAAGUUUGAACAAGAGAGAGGGCAUUCAGCUUCAGCUGUGGAAUGCUAUAUGGAGGAGUACAAAGCAUCGGAGGAAGAAGCGGUUGAAUUCCUAUGGAAGAAGAUUUCUAAUGCUUGGAAAGAUGUUGCCGAAGAGUGUCAAAAAUCAAGUCUAUUGCCAGUAGCUAUCACAGAGCGUGUCCUCAACUUGGCACGCCUGGUCAGUGUGUUAUAUGAGAAUGGUGAUUGCUUCACCAACCCCCACCUUAUAAAAGAUCAUCUCAAGUCACUGUUCAUUGAUCCCGUGCCACUUUAA